AUGGAAAUAGGACUUUCUCAUUCGGUUGCUAAGAAGCGUUGCCGGUUGCCGGGCCUAUGGCCACUGAGUGUGCUCCUGUUGUGCGUCCUUCUGUGUUCGAGUGCUGAAGCACAAGAUUGCGCUUCACCGAUACUCACGUUUAGUGGAUUUUUCCCGGCUGGAGAGGACAUUUCCACCACUGUUGGCGCCGGAUACACUCUGGGCUCAUACGAUGUCUCCAAUAUACGAUCGGUGGAUGUGAAACCAUCGGCCGAUGGGUGGCCAGUUUACAUUGACGCUAUGGUGACCGCUGGAAAGCUCACCAUCACGACCAACGAUAAUUUUGCUAUCUACGAACAGCUUUCAAACUACACAUUCUUCAUCAAUAAGAUCGUGUUCGUUUGCGCCUCAGCAACGACGCGGGAGAUGAGUUUUAGGCAGAACAUCAAGGAAGAAAACAAUUAUCCUCCCAGGUUCAGUCAGGAUGCUUACAUCGUCCAACUUCCUCUUCCACUGCCGAAGGACUUCGAUAUACAACUGUUUAUAGCAGACGGCAAGGGUAUCGUGGCGUACGAUAUGGAUUUAACGAAAAACAGUCUCACAUUUUCGAUCGAUGAAAAUGAGUACUUCAACGUGGCCUCUGCGAGUGGCGCCACUCGAACCGAAUUCAUUGCACAGCUCAAAACGAAGGAAACGCUUACUAGGAUCCAGCAGCCGAUCGUCUUGCGGAUAACGGCACAGGACGAGUGGAAUCCACCCAAGACGGGACAAGCUACAGUAACGAUCUCCAGUGAUCCGGAGAACGUGUUUCUAGUAGCGCCGGAAUUUGAGCAAAGUUUGUACAAUGUGAAGUACAAACGAGGUGAUCAGUUUACGCCGAUUCGCAUUGUCCUUAGGGCGGGCAGUUACGAUUCCAGCGUAAGGUAUGAAUUAUCGGGUGAUAAUAGUGCACUGUUCACGAUCAAUCCCAGUGCUGAUCGGUCGUCGGCCACGGUUGCACUUCGCUCAGGAGUGCAGAUUGGAGAGGACAUUGGGGUGCUGUUGGUAACGGUGGCGGCAAGUCGCACCGGAGCAGAAGGUACCGGACAAACGGCACUCGUAGUAGAGCUUACCAGUGAUCCGAAAGUCUUGCCCGAAUUCGAACAGUCCUUCUACAGUGGCACCAUAGGGAAGGAUACACGCAUUCAGUUGGAUGUACCGAUUCGCAUCGUUCCCAGCACUAGUGACCCCAGUGUACGCGUUACACUGGCCGGUGAUGAUGCAAGCUACUUUAGUGCCACCUUCAGCAACAACCAAGUAACGGUCGCACCAUCCAGUGCACUCUCUGCCGAAAUACUGAAACAAAAGAGCUACUUUAUGGUAAAGAUUCAAGCUGAAAAAACCAGCGUAGGCUUGGGUGAAACGUUGCUCUUGCUGUCGGUCGAGAAGGAUGGCACGGAGGAUCCACGCUUUGAGAAUCUUGCCUACCAAGGAACGCUCAACGUGGCGACAAACACGCUGCAGAUUCCUACCGUACGGAUUGCCGCCGGAAGCUACGUGACGGGACUGCAGUUUAGCUACACGGGCGAUGUGACUUUCUUCAAUAUUCGUGAAACCGCAGGAACGGUCAGUUUUUCGCUCAACAACGUCACCCCGGAAAGGCUGGCGGACAGAUCGUACCUUCUCGUGACGGUCGCCUGUAAGCUGCAAGACAUCGAAGUGGCCCAUGCGGUGGUAAUCGUGCGCGUGGUACGUCCACCGGCUCCUAAGUUUGUUAAAAACUUUAUCGAAGGCCAACUAGACCAACGAACGCUGAGUCUGAGUAUGGAGAAGGUAGAAUUUCAGCUCGAUUCCUUCUCCCGGGACACCGUGGUUCGGUUGGCCGAGGAUGAUCGAGGAUUUUUCGGUAUCAUUCAAAUUCUGCCCGAAAAUGUGUUCGAAAUCAAUCUACAAGGAACGGUCACCCGGGAGUCGCUGCGUGGUUUAUCGCGCUUGCUACUAACAGUCGAAGCGACCAAUCCGGGUACGGAGAAGUCCUUUUGUGUGAUUGCAGUGAACGUAAUACAACCACCGCAACCAGCAUUCGAGCGUUUGCUGUAUGAUGGAAUGAUCGAAGAAUCCACCGGACAACUCAUCGAACCGAUCGUCAUUAAACUAACGCCAGAAACGGUAGAUGAAACGGUGCGCUUCUCAUUGACCGGCGACGAUGCCUCUUAUUUCAUGCUGGAAACCUUAACACCAAUCAGAGAAGGAUCUCGAAUCACUUUGGCUGCACCGUUGAGCGACGAUCUAAUCACCUCCAGGGAGCUCUUUCAGUUCAAUGUUCUAGCGACCGAACAGUUAUCGUCAAAAGAGACCAAGAUCCCGGUGGUGGUGUAUGUGAAGCGACCAUUCGUCAAGUAUCCCAGGUUCACGAAGCCUCUGUACAAAUCACGAAUCGGUACCAAUCUGCAGCUGGUUCCAUUUGAGGAAAUCAUCCUCGAAAGCGGAAGCUACGUAGAAUCAGCGACCGUUUCCAUACUGAACAGUAACACCGAUCUGUUUAGCGUCCGUCUUAGGGAUGGUAAAGUAACGGUGGAGUUGCUGAGACCCAUAAUCAUGACCACCAUCAGCGAGCUCGAUCGGUUCGAGUUUGUUGUGGAAUGCAACAAUCCCGGUAUGGCGUCUGGAUUUACUACCAUCAUCAUCGAUAUCGAUCGUGGCGCUAGGCCGGAAUUCGAGGAGCUUUACUACACCGGAGAGCUAAGGGAAGGGACAAAGGACAUUACCUUCAGUACAUCGGUGGCCUUAAAAGCGGGAACCUUUGAAAGCAGCACUCAGUAUCGCUUAGAAGGAGUCGACGGUGGACUGGUACGGUACACGGUCGCGGCCAAUGGUCGGCUGAGUUUGUACCUACUCGAUGAGGUGUCAGCGGAGCAGCUGAAGCCGCGAUCGGAACUACAGUUCCUUGUUGUGGCCACCAAUCCUACCAGCAUCCUUUCGCAGUCACACCCAUCUAUUGCGCCGUGUUCCGUGAAGAUCGUUCGUACCGUCAAACCCAUCUUUAACCGGAACUCAUUCAGAGGAAAGCUGGUCGAAGGAGAACCACCCUACGUCGAGUUUACUGAUGAUGCGGUGAAGCUGGAAAUUGGCACCAUACUGGAGUCGACGAUGUUGACGGUGAUGGAAGCUGCAUCCACCUCGAGCUACUUCGAUGCAACGUUUGCUGAGGAUCGGGAAACGGUACGAAUUACGCUAAAGUCCGGUGUAAAGUGGGAGCAAAUUCGUGCUCGCGUAUACUUCGCCCUUACCCUGCAAGCCACCAAUCCCGGUGCCGAACCAACCGAGUGUUCCCUGGUGCUGGACGUGGUGAACCUUCCGGCUGUAACGCCCGCCUUCAGUAAGUCCAUCUACCGUGGUUCCCUGCAGGAGGGCACAAGGGAAGUGAUGUUCUCGGCAGCGGACACCAUCACCGUGGAUCCGGCCACCAUUCUGCCCACGUUCCAGUACGCUGCGAUCGAAAACGAUGCCAACCUGUUCGAACUGGUGCUGACGGAAGAUAAGAAGUUCAGGGUACUGCUGCGUGAUAGCAUCUCCCCGUCGGCCAUUGAAGGGCGCGAUUUACUAAACUUCAUCAUUAGCAUCAACAAUGCGUACAGUGCCGUCGAUACGGCAACCAUAGUGAUCACUAUCAAGCUGGACGACAUUAUCAGUCCGAUGUUCACGAAGCUGCUCUAUAAUGGAAGUGUCGAUGUGCCGAACCGGCAGCUUUUGCUCGCUGAACCCAUCCUCCUCAACGCCGGUACAUUCACGGAAAAUACGGAGCUGGGUGUUGGCGGUACCGACGCAGCAAUGUUCACGGUGGCCAGGGAUGGUGCACGUGUCGAGCUGGGACUGAAAGACACGGAGCUAGAGGAAGGUCUACACUACAUCAGUGCGUACAUCCAGGCGACCAAUCCGGGCAGCGAUACGGCCACAGCCUUUAUCCUCCUGGACGUAACUGGAAGCCAACUACCACAAUUCGUGCAAUCGGCAGUCUAUGGCUACCUAGCGGCCGGAUCUAGAAGCGUCCAGUUCCCAACCGGUUCCGAGUUGAAGAUCGUUCUAUCAAGCACGGCACCGGGCUUCCAGUGGAACCUAGAAGAUGAUGACUAUCGAUUGUUUGAUGGUUUGUUGAACGAUGAUACGUUCACCUUCAAACUAAAAGACUCCGUUACCGAUGAGCAGCUAGCGACCAAGGCACAGUUUAGCUUUAGUGUUACGCUCAAGAAUCCAGCCAGUGGCACGGUCGUAUCACGGGUCAUAAUCGAUCGAAAGUUGCCGACUCCUGCGUUCUCUAGGACGAUGUACGGUGGGUACUUUACGCCGGAACUCCAACCACGGUUGACCGAAACGAUUAGCAUAACGGAGGAGAGCUUCAGCGAGCGGAUUGUUGUGCGGAUCAAGGACUCAAACGUUGAUUUCCUAACGGUUGAACAAAGCGGACGCAAUGUGCAGCUGCGCGUGUCUCGACCUGUAACGAUAAGCGAUUUUCAGGGUUUAGAAUUUGUCCACGUCCGGCUUGAGGCGAAUGUUGAUGAGGAGCGCGGAGAGGAAUGCUCCAUUUUGUUAACCCUUCCGGAAGGAACACCGUGCACUCCACUUCCUCCGAUCGUUGAUUGUACGGGUUGCUACAAUUGUUCCACGGGCAAUGUACUGUCGGAUGUGCCGGUAUUCGAGUACGGGAAUUAUCGAUUUGAGCUUCGAAGUGACACAAUCGGUACGAUCGGUUCCGUUCGAGCCCUAGUCAAGGAUCCAACGGCACUCGUGGAGCAUCAGCUGGAAGUACAGGAUGCUUAUCUACAACUCUACCUCUCCAUGAGUCCCGAGGGAACUCUGACCUUGGCGCGACCAAUAGAGCCGAAGGUGUAUGAGUUCACUGUACGAGCGAUCAACGUGAUGGCGGGCAAACAAACGUCCGUCCGAGUGAUCCUUGACGUGCUGAGUAGCUACGAGUGCACCGAACUGGGACGAAAGGUGCAGAAUGUAGAAAAAUCGUUGCUCAUAGUGCACCUGGAUGAAGGUCGUUCACAUUUGACCAUCUUCCCGACGGUCCUAGGAUCGUGUGAGUACGUCAUUUUGAGCCAAAGUCCUGCUAGUGACCCAUCGUACUUUGAUAUUGACACCGAAAGCCACUGGUUGGUGUCACGUAGCUUCGAUCGAGAGGAUCAGGGAUUGUUUGGUGGAAUGCAGGUGCCCCAGUUUCAGCUCCGUUUGAAGCUGCUGUGUAGUGAUGGUCGUGCAGCAGGCCAGCAACGCACCAAACGAUCGUUGAUCGAUACGAACACGAUCAAUUACGCCUCGGACAUUACUGUGAUCAAUGUUGUCGUCGAUGACAUCAACGAUAACGAUCCAAUCUUCGUUAAUCCAACGGCCGGAGGAAUGGCGACUGUUUAUCUGGCGUAUCCACAUCCAGUGCUGGCUGGUAAGCUUAUGUUGCCUUAUCUAGCCAUUCUGGAGGCCAGUGAUGCAGACGAAGGUUUAAAUGCAAAGAUACGGUACAGUUUAGAAGAGAAUGAUCACUUCGGGGUUGAUCCGCAAACGGGAUGGAUACAUCCUGCCACAAACUCGCUGCUCGAAGAAAAUCACAUUGAGCUAACGGCGAUCGCUACUGAUCGUGAUGGAGCAUCUGACGGUCGGAGCACAAGGCUUACACUGAGUGUGCAGCGAUCGGAAGAGUCGCAAAUAGUAGUCAUCACACUGGAUGCAAUGGACGAAUCAAUGGUCGCUGAAACUAUCGAUCGGAUCAAUCGACAAUCCAAUUUCCAUCUUAAACUUCUGCAUCAGGCGUAUGUUCCAGUGAGCAGCUCCGUUUCUCGACUCGACUCGAAACUGCAACAGCAACGUACGAUGCGUUUAGUGGUUUACGCUAUGGAUGACAACAAUCAACUGUUGGAGUUUGAUGCUAUCCAGAGCACUAUUCUAAGAGCAGUACCUAGCAUAGGAGCAUCAUCGAUCGUCACGAUCAACGAGGCGAUCUGCUCCGCCAACGGAAGCCAGUGUGCAGAUAGUUUGCGGGACCAGUCGACCCGCGAUGGUCUGAUUGCUUCAACGUCUGUCCUUGGUGCAUUGCUUCUGAUUAGUUUGGCCGUUGUCAGUUUCCUGUACAUUCGCUACGUAAGGCCAUUGUCAAAGGGAGCUACAAGUGCAUCCGAUGAUGUGGAGCAGCUGGAAAACGAUUUUGAUCCCAGCCCUCCACCAACUCCACCUUCGCUGGGGGGAAAGAAGGAAACAAGCGAAGCACGGGACGAGCGGCACGAGCACGAUCGCAAAAUAUCGAUCAACAUUACCGGCAUCACUAUGCAAGACUCAGAAGACACGCUCACGGAUAGCAAUCGAUUGGCACGCACGUUGGGUGAUCGACUAGACGAAGAAGAUGAGUACGGUGGCACUACGGCUGUUCCGGAAGUGACCAGCGAACCGAAGAAUGUGAAAUUCAAUGAACUAGUAGAAAGGAUAGAAGUUGCGCAUGAUCACAGCGAUGAUGAGGAAGAAUCCGUGUUCGAGGAACGUUUGUAGAGUGCAUUAGGAGGCAUGUUUACUGGUAAGCCUUUUAUGAAUUGACAUAUAAGAAUAAAUACUGAAGAAAACAA